AUGUCUGCCGCUGACUGGGACAGCUAUGAUAUGGCCAAUAUGCCUGCGGAUAGUGAUGCCGCCAAGCAGGUAGAGACUUGGAUCACAGGGAAACAAAGCAUCAUAACAAGCCAACUAGCUGCCCUUACGACCCUUGGUGCUACAAAGGCCGCGAGUUGUCCUCCCACCGUCUCUAUCAUCACAGGAGCAACGGCUCCAGAGGCUGGUGACCGAACAUCAACCACAAUAUCCUUCUCCUUCUCCGCCGCCGAUCGAAACAAGGUAGCCAAGUCUAAGGACACUAGGUUCAGUACAGGCAGCUCAGUAGGCUUCGCUCUCCAGGCCGCCGGUGGUUCCUACUCGCACGACUCGGCACAUUCAUCCAUACAGGACGAUAUGGCGUCUUGUGAUGUAAGUGUAUCCUUCUCAGCCCUUGUCGUCGACAUCGACCGGCCUUGGCUGCAGGCUGAAAUCUUCAACGACGCCGACCUCGACAUAGCUGCAGAUGUUCUCCUCAGCCCGGGCGCGUCUCGUCUCAAGACAGCCAUCGCAACGCAGGAGACCAAGUUGAAUCUCGAGUUUCCGGCAUACCCGACGUCGUUCAUCCUCGCUGCAGACACGAGCAUUGACUUUACUGGUUCGACGAGGCACAUCCAGGAAUACUUCAACUCCAAGACGACCUCGAGCGACACAUCUGUAGGCUGGGGGCCUUUUAGCACUAACGUCAGCUCUCAUCAUUCAAGCUCUCACAGUCAUGUACAAUGCCACACUACUGCAACUGGCUGCAAACUCUCUUUUGGCGCCCCUCAGAUUAUUGCUUGGGUCAGUGAGAUACUUCCUGAGCUGCCUCGGGCCAAGAAUCUAAAACCUCUCUGGCAGGGUACACAUCCUGCGGCUUCGGGGUAA